GCGUUGUACUGAAACUCACCCAACCACUUACAGCUACACCAAACCGCUAAUAUUAGUAUCGCCUCACCCCUUUCAGGCUACAGUUCUCCUACUUCAGACCACGCGCACCGUUCUAAGGUACGCUAGGAAUGUGAGCUGAAACUCGGCCUCGUUCCUAAUGGUCCUCUAAACAGCGUGUGCCACUUCGCCCGCGACUGCGGCAGAAAUCCAGACAUGGCCAGGCAAAUGUGAGCGUGCCACGGGAUGGGGCAUCUGAUUGGCCACAUGCCAGUCUUUCAUCAGGAUCUUGCUCCAUCCCCAAGGCAUUCCAUGGCAUGGUAUGAUAGCCUCUCUCCAAGACUGCCUCCAGGGCUGACUCUGAGCCUGGAAAGUGCCUAGUUGAGCUAGCGAUGUGACAAAUUGGUCAUAUCAUGACCCUGGAGGGAACCAUUAGGCACUGGAAACCCCUUACCUACAGACGCUCCCAUGCUUCCUGAGUUCAACCAACAUAUGGAUGGUUGAUUAGCUUACACAGGGCCACCAGGAUCGGGUAGGUUGACCUGCAGAUCUAGGACACCUCUCUACUCGUCAACUCGUGUAUAUUGCUUUCUGUCGCAUGAUCAACACUAUCGACCCGUUCGACCCGUCAAACAUAUCAUUGCUUUGUUUCUCACUAGAGGCAUUCUCUAUCCUUGACCGCUCUGGUCGACGCCUUUUAUAUUUUUAUCCGGACGAGAGGGUGCUUUCAUGUCGACAACAAUAACAGGCAUGGCAGGGUUGAGUCGUGAACAACCCCUCAUGCCUGGCGCCUUCGGACCUGAAGAUUACAUCGAUUUUUAUGAGGACCCCUUCGGAGUUCUUGACGGCUCUGAGACUUCUGGGGAAAAGCAAGAGCAGCGAGUUUCUUGGGCGGUCAAGAAAUUGCCCAAUCUUGAUAUUGUUGACCUCGACUGGCACAAAUACAAUCCACCAAAGGCAUUGAGAAAGGCACCAAAUAUCACGUCUCAAGUCCUUCUCGACGUACUUCAGUCUUCAGUUGAGAAUGUUAACGCAAGAAUUAUUGAAGAGGAUCGCCAAAAGAAGGAGAAUGAGGAGCAAAGAAAGCAAGAGGAGAAUGAGAAGGGUAAAAGCAAAGAGCCUUAUCUGCCCAUCAUUAUACCUACCGAACCUCUGGUCGAGGAAAAAACGAGUCACACCGUACCUCCCCCCAAGAUUAAAAAAGAAAUUCUCAUGACAACUUUUGGUCCUAGCGUUGUCACCAAAGCCGAUGCAAGAGCUAACAAAAGACGCCUUUUUGCCCUUCGCCGUUUCUUCCAGCGCAGUGAUGAGCGAGGUGAGAGUAGCGCCACGGGUGCCGCUCUUAGAGCUUUGCGAGAACAGGUUGCAGAAGCUGAGCAUGCUAGUGAAGGUCUCAGCCGGUUGACUAAACUAAACUCCGUCGAGGAAGUGGAAUGUGUGUCCUGUCUGGACGACUUUCAUCCUAAGGACGUCAUCAAAGUGCCUUGUCAUAACUAUUGUCGCGACUGUUUUGUUCGCCUGGUUACUGCUGCAUGCCAGAAUGAACAACAGUGGCCACCCAAGUGCUGCCUAAACGAGAUACCCGUCAAGACCGUCAUGCGUUUCAUCCCUUCCGACCUGAAAAAGACAUUUGAGGAACGAUCUAAAGAGUGGGAGCUCCCCGUCAGCGACCGUGUUUACUGCAGCAAUCCAAACUGUAACCUCUGGAUCAAGCCCAAGCGGAUCUAUCCCGGGAAGCGUCAAGGAAUAUGCGAUCGCUCUCAUGUAACAUGCACGUUAUGCCGUGGGCCCGCUCAUGCUGGAGAGGAUUGCCCUCAAGAUGUCGAUAUGAGUCUCACGAACCAACUGGCCGAAGACGAGGGUUGGAAGCGAUGUUUUAACUGCAACGCCUUGGUUGAGCACAGGGAGGCUUGCCAACACAUGACUUGUAGGUGUGGCACCCAGUUUUGUUACGUUUGCCCUCGACGAUGGCGAACUUGCACUUGUACGAUGGAGGACCUCCAGGCACUGAAAGAAGGGGUUGUUUCUCGACGCGCAGAAAGGCGCGCCCAAGAGCUAGAGGAAGCCGAGGAGUUACGGCAUAUUCUUCUGCAAAUUGAGGAGUUUGAGCGUGAAGAAGCUCUCAAGGCCGAGCUUCUACGAUUGGAGCAGGAAAGAUUAGAAGAGGAACGCCGGCAGCGUGAGCUCGAGGAAAGAGUACGGCAGGAGAGUAUCCGUCGGAGGGAUAUUGAAGUCAAGUAUCAAGAGCUGAGGAUCGUGCUCGAUGAGUUGCAUGACCUGCAACAAGUAUUGCUCGAUGUUGACCAAGAAGAGGAGGCUGAGAAUAUGAUUAUUAACAUCAGAGCUGCAAAGCAAGAGUUGGAAAUGAAACAUGGGACAGAGCUGUCCGACUUGAAGGCACUCGCACUGGCGAAGAUGACUGAAAAGGAAAACUCACUGAAUAAGGACUUCCGAGUUCGAGCAGCGGAGGAGAAUGAGCUUGAAGAAGCUUACCACGAGCGGCUCAAAGCAUAUUGGAAAGAUAAGGACAACGGAGACCAAGAAGUUGAGAAUUCAAUGCUCGCUCUCAGAAAGCGUAUGGAUCAGAAACACCACGCAUGGCAGAAUUGGAAGGCCGACCAGCUCAAGGUCUUGGAGGCCAAACUCGAAGAUAACAGAACAUAUCGUGAGGAGCUCAUGUAUAGCGCCAAACACCGGCUAGACGACUCUUGUAAGGAGAAAGAGGCGGAGAUGAUGAGGCGUAUGGCAGCUGAGAAGAAGUGGCUUGAGGCUGUGAUACUGGAGAGAGAGAAGCUGCUGAAUGAAUGGGAGGCUCAGGAGGUUGAAGGUGAUGCAGACAGCAUAUUUGCGGUGGAGUCAGAAGAUUCUGGGGACGGUCACUAUGUUAUUGCCACGGCAUUUUAGAUCGCGUGACCAAUAUACAAAUAGUAAUCACAACACUUACCAUAG